AUGAUACGCCUGCAGUCGGUCGCAAAUGAGAUCCAGAAGAACAGGACAUUUGAAGUUGCGCGCCGGACCGUGUUCUCCGACGCCAAAAGACAACUCCUGUCCGCCGAGGUUCUUCCUCACCGUCGUUAUCACAAGGAGGGAGCGGUGAUCAUACGCGAACUUUUGAAGAACGGAACAGUCUUAUGGGACACCUUCUAUGAUCUAGUAGGUGCCAACAUUGGGGACAAGUUGCUGGAAGCAAACAUAUUCGCACUUCGCUUCAAUUCUGAAGAGAUCACCUUUCUGUCGACAGUGAUGAAGCGGUAUUGCGAGGGAAAUUCGGCUUUCUGGGGAGGAAAUUGA